CUGAAUUCUCACCUAUCAACACUGGCAAAUAUUCACAAGAUUUACCACACCCUCAAUAGGCUGAAUCUGACAGAGGACGUUGGUCAAGACGAUCACCAGACAGGAAGUCUCCGGUCUUGCAGUUCAUCAGACUGCUUUAGUAAAGUGAUGCCUCCAAGGAAAAAGAGGAGACCUGCAGCAGGAGAUGAUUUAUCUGCUAAGAAAAGUAGACAUGAUGGUAUGUAUAGAAAAUAUGAUUCGACUAGAAUAAAAGCAGAGGAAGAAAUCUUUUCAAGUAAGAGAUGCUUAGAAUGGUUCUAUGAAUAUGCAGGCACUGAUGACAUUGUAGGGCCAGAAGGUAUGGAGAAAUUUUGUGAAGACAUUGGAGUUGAACCAGAAAAUGUAGUUAUGCUUGUACUAGCAUGGAAGUUGGAUGCACAAAACAUGGGCUACUUUACUUUACAAGAAUGGUUAAAAGGAAUGACAUCACUACAAUGUGAUACUACAGAAAAAUUGAGAAAUUCUCUGGAUUACUUGAGAUCUUUGUUAAAUGAGCCUACCAAUUUUAAACUUAUUUAUAGAUACGCAUUUGACUUUGCACGGCAAUCAAAAUACAAAGUUAUCAAUAAGGACCAGUGGUGUAAUGUUCUUGAAUUCAGCAGAACAAUUAACCUUGACCUCAGUAACUAUGAUGAAGAUGGAGCCUGGCCAGUGUUGUUGGAUGAGUUUGUGGAAUGGUAUAAAGGAAAACAGAUGACAUAGGAGUUUAACUAUGCACAGCCACUCAAGAGUCACUGUUACCACAGUUAUGUCAACCAUUAGCCAUAAACUGCUGUUUGUAUCGAAGUGCAUGCUGCUUUUCUUGCACUGCAUCCCUUUUGCAGGGAACUUUUGAUGUUUGCUAUUUAACAAGCUAGCUUAUGCUUGCUGUGUAGCAUUGUUCUCUUUGAAGGCUGCUUUGCAUUUUGUAUUUACACUACGAAUUGGUGAACUUGCCAGAGUCUUCACUGUGAUUAUGUGUAUAUUGCUGUCUAAAUUUUGUAUAUGUGUAUAAAAAAAAAAGCUUCACCUAGGGAUUAUUUCUGCCGAAAUGUAUUGUAAAAAUAAUUUGUGGCAUAUUUCUAGUCAUCACUUACAUGUUUGUUGAAACUUUAGUUACUUUGUUUUUCUUUUGGUCUCAAAUGUAGCAUUUCAGAAAAUGAAAUGAACAGACUGCUUGGGCAUAGUUAUCUGAAGAACUAUUGUCAAUUUUGAUGUUACAAUUUGAGAUGCCAAUUUCUGAGGGGAGAAGAUGUGCUGUGACUUUCUUCACCGGAAUUCGCCAAACCUGACCUAGUGCUUAAUGGGAAUGAAACAAUGGUGUCUUAAAAAAAAAUAAAAAUAUAUAUAUAUAU